CUUUAAUUUGAAAUUCCUCUGCUCGAAUACGCGUACUUGGUUUUUUAUUUUUUUUUAUUUUUUUGAUAAUCAACGAGACCUUUUGACCUUUAUUAUUUUUCAGUUCAUUACCGCUCUUUCAUUCAUAUUAAGACGGCCGUUCAUCCUCCAACUAUUUCUCUCUCCUAGGGAUUUCUCUCUCCUAGGUUUGGGGCUUUUGAUUCAACCAAGUCAAUGUCAUCUUAAGGAGCCGUGGCUGCUUGGUAGGAUUUUCGAAAGAAGUCCUGGAGGCAAACAGCAAAGUUCAAAAGAAGGUUUCUGAUAAAGUUGCCUGUUGUGUUUACAUGGCAUCUGGGAAUCCAUAUUUCGAAGACAUGCGCACCAAAUCUGAGGUUAUUGAUCCCCCUGAGUGUGAAGAUACAACCGAUGUGGGUGAAAGUGUGCAUGAUUCUGCUUCAAGUGCUGUAAAAUCUAAUGUAACCGUUUCUAGCAGUGUUCGUGAGCUAUUGGAGUGCCCCGUCUGUUUGAAUGCUAUGUAUCCUCCUAUUCAUCAGUGUUCAAAUGGCCACACAUUAUGUUCUGGUUGCAAGCCCAGAGUUCAUAAUCGGUGCCCCACCUGCAGGUAUGAGCUUGGGAAUAUUAGGUGUCUUGCUUUGGAGAAAGUGGCUGCAUCCCUCGAGCUUCCAUGUAAAUACCAGAGUUAUGGUUGCCUUGGUAUAUACCCUUAUUAUAGCAAGCUAAAGCAUGAAUCACAGUGCGUCUAUAGGCCGUAUAACUGUCCAUAUGCUGGAUCAGAAUGCACCGUCAUGGGUGAUAUUCCCUAUCUGGUGACUCAUUUAAAAGAUGAUCACAAAGUUGACAUGCAUAGUGGAAGCACUUUCAACCAUCGUUAUGUCAAAUCAAAUCCUCAGGAGGUUGAAAAUGCCACGUGGAUGCUAACGGUUUUUAGUUGUUUUGGCCAGUAUUUUUGUCUGCAUUUUGAGGCUUUCCAGCUUGGUAUGGCUCCCGUCUACAUAGCAUUCUUGCGGUUCAUGGGUGAUGAUAAUGAGGCAAAGAAUUACAGCUACAGUCUUGAAGUGGGUGGGAAUGGCAGGAAGAUGAUUUGGCAGGGGGUUCCGAGAAGCAUUAGAGAUAGCCACCGAAAAGUUCGUGACAGUUUCGAUGGUCUAAUCAUCCAACGAAAUAUGGCUCUUUUCUUUUCCGGGGGAGACCGAAAGGAAUUGAAACUUAGGGUAACUGGUAGAAUUUGGAAAGAACAGUGACUGGAAUUUCUCAUUUCAGCUUCUCUUCAAAUUGUAAUUUGGUAGUUUAGGAGGCAAGUCUUUUCUGUCUGCUGGUCAUGUAUUUUUGGAAUUUAGGAAGCAAUGUCUCUUUGCUUGUCUAUCUAUAUAAAUGGGUGGCAAGGCAUCCGUCUUUUCUUCUCA